UGUGUAAUAAAUAUGAUAGUUGGCGUCCCGUUGGUCCUGGCUACUCUCAUCUUUCUGCUUAUGUAGUCAAGGGCCAUGAGUGAAUCUUGUGAAUAUAUGAACACGUCAUGGCGCCAGAACAAAUAUGUUCCUUAAAUGUCGUAGCAAAGAAUUUUUAUUUGUUUUCAACAAAAAUGCAUACUGCUGUGCUAGUGGAAAGUGUCGAUAAAAAUGUAAUUAAUGGUUACCUAAAGGAGAUAAAUUCCCUGGAUUUUAAAACGACUGCCGUUAAAAAUAAUGUGGUGAUAAAACAAUUCAUUGAACGAUUGUGUCAGCUCACACAUCCAAUUGAUACAUCCUUGGUGGAAAACUUUACCUGGUUACUUCGAAGCCUAAUACAAAUAGAUUAUAGCUUUGAUGAAUGUACAUCUGCUGCUUGCAUUCAAUGGCUAAAACAGAUAAUUGAAUUCUCUAAUAAUAUUGUACAUCAUGAUGUUCUCUUAACACUACAUAGUGCCUUAUCAACUGAGAUGUUUAGCAAUAGUGCUAAGAACUUAGAGGACUUCAUUAGUCAUCGAAACCAAUUGUUCAAAUUUAUAAAUGAUCCAAUUGUUCCAUGGAAUGAAACCAGUGUUCUUGCAUUACGAUGCAUACAAGUUAUUUUAUUGAAAAAACGUGACGACAGGUCAUUAGUGUUACCUGAAUUUAAUUUGACUACUGCACACGUCAUUUCAAACAUUAUUAUAUCAUUGGAUUACAAAUGUCAAGAUAAAUUAGUUUACAACAAAACGAUAUGUCUGUGCCUACAUAUUCUCCACAUACUUGUGGUUGAUUAUCAAAUUUUAUCCCAAAGUCCUGAUGAAGUUGGGAAACUCUUUGGAGCUGUUCAAACCUACAUGUAUCACGGAAUCAAAGGCUAUCAGUUAAUGAAGCCUGAGCCUAUUCGACCAGCGACCAUGAACCUUCCUGAAACUGUAUAUACCAUGCCGUGUAUUAGAAAUUUCAGUCGCAAACCUAAAGGAAAAAGUCAACAGACAAGAAAAUUCACAUCAGAUAGCCUAAAAAGUUCUACUCGGAUCGAUAGCAAACCUGUGUGUAGAUGCUCGAGUGAUUCCGAUACGUCUGAGAAUGAGAUCGUUAAUCUUGACCGGAUAGAGUCCAAGGUUCGCUUUGAAGCAAUUCAUUUACUUCAGGGCAUAGCACGUAACAUAUCGAGUCGUGAGAUUUUUGGUUAUUGGCCACAAAUUGUAGCUAACGAUUCCACAGAUAACGUAAGAGUUCUAAGUAGAUACAUACUACGAGAACCAGUUUCGAAGAACCGACAAACUGCUUUGAGUACACUGACGGAAUUACUCGAUGGAGCAAGAUCAUUCCUGCUGCAUGCAGAAGACGUUGAACGCCCUUCAUUCGUUGCAUUCUGCAGUACAGUGAGUGCAAUGAUAAAGGAGCUUCACCUUGCUCUAUCAUUGCUCUUGAAUACUGAAAGAAACAUGGUUCUACGUAUGCAUGGAUUGAAAUGUGUGGCUGCACUCGCUCGAAGCACACCUUACGCCAGGUUGAAACCAGGACUUGCUACAAAGUUAGUUAGAAAUUGCAGAUCGCAGAUACAUUACAAAGGUCCUGAUAAAGCACCAACGAAUCAGUGUACACAAGAAGAUGAAAAUAUUAAUUUUGAAUAUAAACAAAGAGCCGUAGAGCUGUAGUAACAUGAGAAGUAGUAAAAGGAAGAAAAACUUGAGUCUCGAGAGUGUACAAAACAAAUUUAGAAAAGUCUCAUGAAUAAGUGAACUACAUCGUUGGACUCGUACAGUCAAUAAAGAUCUCUUUAAAAUUUGGUUGGAACAAAUAUUUUAUCCAAAUUUAGGACCUGAUACUGUACUAUUAAUUAAUUCCUGGAGUGAACAUUGUGAUUGAGUUAUAGAGGAAACAAUGCCAAGCAAUAAAAUUGUUAAUGUACAAAAAAUACCAACAGGAACAACAGGAAAAAUUCAACCACUUGAUGUAUAUGGGUUUCGAGUAUGAAAAAAUUACGUCCGACAUUUUUCAGAUAAUGUUAUUUUAAUGAAUUAUGAUUUAAAUUUAUAUGAAAGAAAUGACAUUAAAUUGCAAUCAUUAGUUCACAACCAAUUAUCUUCACCGAGAUAUUCUAAUCUUUUUAAAUAUUCCUGAUACAAAAGUGGUUAUCUUCAUAAAAAAAAAACAGAUAAUUUUGAUAAUGCUGUCCAUUACAGCUUCGGUGAUUCAUGUGGGAUACAAUGCGAAAUAGAAGAAUGUAAAA